GGAGGAGACGGAUUGGCGUGUGAUUGGUCGGCGGUGUGCGCGUUCCCGUCGUCUCCUCCCGGUUUUCCUGGCAUGACCUUUUCCCUUGGCAACCACUUCCUUCCUCCGAGCAUCCAACGGCCAUCUUUAAUCGCAACUCGGCCACCGAAAAGUUAUUUUCGCGCACGUAAACACGGCGGAGCGGCUCGUUUGGUGCCACCCAGGACGAGGAGAGCAGGUUACUACUGUCCGGACACGUCCCCCCACGCACACGUCCCACCAACCGAACCGAAGGACCGACGCGGGGUUGUCGCGUGUACGCCACAAUAACUGCUGCAGGAAGGAUGAGGAAGAAGCAGACGGCCAAGCAGAGGAAGCUGGAGGACUCUUCGGGAGUCGUGCAGGAGUUUGUGGUGGAGAAAAUCACUCGUCGUAGGAUCUUCAAUGGAAGAGUCGAGUACUUUCUUAAAUGGAAAGGCUUCACAGAAGCAGACAACACAUGGGAGCCCGAGGACAACCUGGAUUGUCCUGAACUGAUUGAGGAGUAUCUGAGAAAUCACCUCUCGUCCAAGAAUGAGGAAGAAGGGCAGGAGUUUGUUCCUAAGGAAGAAAUGUUGGAGGAGACGGAAAUAUCCCCACCACAGAUACGUGCUCAGCACUGCCUUGAUGAUCCAGACUCACCCGCAGGCCUGGACGCUUACCCCGAACUUGAAUGCAUUAUCGGCUCCACAGACAGACGCGGGGAGCUGAUGUUUUUAGUCAAAUGGAAGAACUCCGGUGACGUGGCCCUGCUGCCAGCUCACGAGGCGAGCGCCAGAUGCCCGCGGGCUGUCAUCGACUUCUACGAGCAGAAGCUGACAUGGCACUGCGGAGAUGAUGAGCAGUGACACACGCUGUCGUGGGUGGAGGGGAACUGACACCUUAAAGUUUGGAAGAUUAGUUUUACCUCUUUAGAGCGGUGUCGCUUGGCUAACCUCAAGCACAUAAUGGCGACCUGUGCGCCUUGCGAUAGACGCUGAACGCUGCCUUUUUUUGCAGCUGAUGAACCUGGAGCCUCGUUUUGUGUUAUCGUGUAGCACACCCAAUCACUGUGGACUCUUUAUUACAUUGUGAAGGUAGUCAUUUCUGAUUUCUUGAUUUAAUUCCCCCCCCCCUUCUCUAGUAUGUGUUGUAGCAUAUUUUGGCUUUAAGCACUGAAUGGACAUCUCUGCACUAAAUCUUCAGUCAGGGGAACAAGUAGUAGUAGCACUGUAAACCCUAACCCUGUCGUGUAUAACAUGAAGCGCAUAUCACGUAGUUUGAAUAAUAAAGAAAAAGAACAUAAGUAUAUGUGUUAGGAAUGAUCAUGAAAAAAAUCUGGAUUCUUGAAUAAUUUGUUCAACUUGGUGGAAUUGUGCUGAAGCAGUACACACAAAAAUAGAGUGCACUACUAACAUGUUUCUCACUGAAUUCCAUUUUCAUACCCCCAUAAUAGACUACAUUAAAACACAAUUGCAGAGUAGAUCCAAUGAGGGAGUUUUAUUCCCAAAAUCUUUUGUUUUUAUAUUAUGAAUAUAAUGGACAGUUUAACCAUGACUACACUAGUAAAGAAAUGGUCAAGGAAUGAUCAAGAAAAAAAAACAAUUGUUAAAAGUUAAAUACAUCUGAACUGUACUUAAUAGAGGGACUUAACUGGAUUAAUAUACAGUCCCUGACAAAAGUCUUGUCGCUUAUCCAUUUUGUACAAACAAUUGCUAAUAACCUGACUUUUAAUUGUUCAGUU